AUGAACCAAUCUAGUAUCAUAAUUAGUACUGAUGAGGAGUUGGCCCUAGUUUGUCAGUUAUUAUUCUAUCAACCUACAGGUUAUUAUUCUAAUACUCAAUUAUUACAUAAAGAUCUCAAGAAAGAAAGUUACUGUUUCUUAUAUAAAAAAGUUCGUGAAUGGUUGCAUAAUCAGAAUAAAUGGCAAAAGUAUGCUCCGUUACCGAAAAAUAUUUCACGAGUUAGUUAUGAUAAAAUUUCAUAUCCAAAUUGUGUACAUAUGUGCAACCUCCUAUUUCUUACUCAUGAUAAUUACAAAGAUGUGGUUAGCAGAUAUAAAGCAAGUAUUCCUCUUAUAUCGAAUAAAAGUUUAGAGAUUGCUAAAUCAUUCAAGAAAAUUUAUAAUGAUUUCAAUAACCCUUUUUCAUACCCAACACUUUUACAAUGUGAUGGUGGGACAGAAUUCAAAAAAUCAGUAAGUCAGCUAAUGGAGGCACAUUAUGUUACAAUUCGAGUAAUUGGUGCAUAUUCAUAUUGGAGCCUUGCUUUUAUUGAAAGAUUUAAUAAAACAUUAGCAGAGAUGCUUUACAAGAUCCAAUAUGCUGUUGAAAGUAUAAACUUGAAUUCUAGAUUAAUAAGAGCAUGGGUCAAGUAUUUGUCAGAAGUAAUAGAUUAUCUUAAUAAUUAUCUGACUUGUCUCAUUCAGGUUCCAGAUUCUUCAAAGUGGGAAUUGGCCCUAAAGGAGGCCAUCAAAUUAGAAAAGGUUGAAUCUUGGCCAUCCACAAAAUAUAAACAUCUUGUUGGAAAAAAUAAGAAGAAUAAAUUAAAGAAGGAUGAUACAGUUCGUUAUCUGCUUGCUAAUGCAGAAUGGGAAGAAGUCUCAAAAAAUGAACCUAUCUUAUAUUAUCUCAGAAACAAUGAUAAUGGAUAUCCUUCAAGGCAAGGAUUUGUAAGAGAGGAGCUCAUGUACAUAGAUUUAGAAAAAGUUCAUUAUCCACCCCAGAGUAUAUUGGAAGAAAAAACUCAUUCCAGAUCUAUUAAUUUUGUUCAAUUCCAGCAUUAUUCUGAGAAUCCAAUGUUCCAUAGAUAA